CUUCAAACAAGCAUGGGAAUCCGCCCUGUCAGGUUUACUAAUACCUUUGUUAUGUUGCAUGGUAGGCCAGGCCUACCCCAUAAUGCACUUUAAUUAGCCUACAUUGUGUGUGUUGGAAUGGAAUGGCCUAUUUCUGAAAAUAAAACGUUUUAGCUUCCAUCCUAAAGUUGAAGUUCAUAUCAGUAGGCCAUGCAUGCUUUAUUUAGGACUGCGUUUUUUGUCAAACAAAUCAGUAACCGUUGAUCGUUUUGGACAAAGGAAAAACCACUCAUCGCCUUGCCUUGUUCCUACUGCCUUGUUUGCUCGAGUGACGCGCUGCCAUGGUAACGACCCAUCAGCCGGUCGUUACCUGGGCCGACCUGGAGAAAGGACGGCUGGUGAGGGCAGCUCAGCAGGUGUCUCCCCCGCAUUCAGGCACCACCCGGUGGGUCCAUCUAUGUGGAUUCGCUGGAAUGUCAACGAGAAGGAAAAACGUGACUGAUGACGUGAUUACCCAUACUUCUCCUCCUCUGAGCUUUCUGCAGUCCAAGAUGAGCAGCAGGAGUGGACCAGGGCUCCGAAGAAGGGGAAGCAGGGAGGAUUUAUUAUGGAUUGGCUGGCUCUCUAAUCCCACCAUGAGGCCAUUCGAGGAACAGGUCGAGGCCGAAAUCCAAGAAGUAAGGAAAAUUAUCAAACCAAUUGUGGACGCGGAAAAUGGAUUAAUCAAGGACCUGGAGCGCUUCCUGGGUCGACGGGCCGUAACGGAGCUGCGACGGAGGGAACUCCUCCACAAACGCUGGACGGAGCGAGUGUGGCUGCCCAUCCAGCGCAGGGUGGAGGAUUUCUCCCGACGGUGCGACCACGAGGGGGACAGGAUGCGCUGUUUGAACGCGGACUACAUCCGUCACUGCAAUGCCAAGGGCUUUGUGUCCCUAGACUGUUAUGAUCCCCAGGAGUACGACCCAUUCCUCCUCAGCAUCACAAGACCCCUCGACUGCUACAAGCUCCAAAUGCCCGUGUUAAAGGACCCGCUGUUGAUGGACUCUCGUGAAAGGAUCAGGGAGAAGAGAACAGUCGUCUCUUGUAAAACAGGUCGCUUGCACACACGGGAGGAAGUGAAGGAGCUUCUAUCCCGUUUUAGUCCAGCUGCAGGGAAGCCCACUCACACCGCCCCGCCUCAGACCUUUGCAUCUGCUUACCUCACCUCCAUCUCCACCACUAGAGAGACUCCGUUGGAGAGAGGGACCAAGUCCUUUCGCAGGCCAAAUGUAAUGCCCUACCAGAUUGAAGCAACCAGUUUGGCUGAUGGAAAAUGCUAUGAAGCCCGCUGUUGGUCAAGAAGAAGAUGAUGGCGACUACAGCUGCUACCACAACCUCUCUGCUUCCAUCCGUACCGACUCACCCGUACCACAGAUAGGCCUGUGGACUCCAGCUUUUUUGCCAUAAACUCACUUGCGUAAACCCCCAGUUUGUAGCCUGCCUCUGUGACACCGCAUCAAGGAGAGCACUGAUUAGCCAUCACUGUCUUUUCCUUAUGAUGCUUAGUCCUUUCGGGUAGUGAGGAAAUGGUAACUUUUAAUGUCAUAAUUUCAGGGCUAUUACCGUCGGGGACAAAGAGGAGCACAUGGGCCAACAAUAUUUUUAUCAGAUAUAUUUUGUCAAAAUAUGUAACCUAUAAUUUUUUCAUAAAUGUCAUGUCAAAAUGAUAUUUAUCUCAUUAUUAUGUCAUUGCAUAAUCGCUGUGGAAUGUUCCAACCUGGAAAUGUUUUGUUUUUGACGAAGCCCCUGAUUUGAGCUCUGUGAAAAUGAGUCAAAAAAAAAAACACCAAGGAGGAAUCUGUCUUUUUUCAAUGUAAGUUUUAUUUACGCCUCAUUCAGGCCUCAAAUAGGAGGCUUCGUGGCCCGAGACCUAUUGUACAGUAGUGUGCAACAGUUCAAAUUGGUUAAAUUUGCAUUAGUAUAUAUUAGAAUAAAAACUGUGCCACAGAUCUAUAUUUAAAGAACCCACGCUCAAGGUUGAUUAUGGGUGUUCUUCUUACCAAACAUGAUUCUUCGAUGGCAGUAUAUGGUUAUUAGACUGUAAGCCCUCCAGCCAUGGACAUUGAGUUAAUAAAGUGAAUCACUUCUCUAUCACCGACCUUCCAAAAACCAUCCAAAAUCCUAAAUUUGCGGGAUGUUCGCCAACAAAAAAUGAAAUAAAUUAAAGAAAAGAAAUUACAAUAAAAUAAGGUAUUUUGUUAUUUAAACCCUUUAUAGGUUUUUCUGUUAUCGCUGUGUGAGUGGCCUCAACACUGGUAACCUUGGCUCAGGGCAGUAUAUGGCAACAUAUGAGAACAAUCCUGGAGAAUGGUACUACGUACAUUGGGAAGAAGAA